AUGGACGUUAAUGAAUUGGUCAAAACAACAGGUGGACUUUUAUCAUUUAAUAACUUUUUGUCGACAAGUGUUGAUCGAGAAGUAUCUCUUGCCUUUGCUGAGAGUAAUCACAGUGAUCCUCAUCUUAUAGGUGUUUUAUUUGAAAUAACUAGCAAUCCAUCAACAUCAACUACUGUUUUCGCACAAAUUCAUGAUGUCAGUUAUUUCGAAGGAGAAAAAGAAAUUCUCUUUUCCAUGAAUUCUAUUUUCCGUAUUGGCUCAAUAAAAGAAAUCGAUGGAAAUAAUCGUCUUUGGCAAGUCGAUUUAACAUUGACCAGUGAGAAUGAUCCUGAAUUGCUUGCACUUACUGAAGGAAUGCGCCAAGAGAUCUAUUCACAUAUUGACGGAUGGAAUCGUUUGGGUAAGUUGCUGAUUCAACUUGGGCAACUUGACAAAGCCAAAGACAUAUAUGAUACCUUGUUUCGUCAAGCUUCGAGUGAUCGGGAAAAAGCUACUAUUUAUAAUGAACUUGGUGUGGUCAAGAGUGCUCAAGGUGAAUAUAAAGACGCCGUUGCCUAUUAUCGACAAGCACAUAAUAUACUACAGAAAAUUCUAUCAUCAACGAAUAUCUAUUGGACUGUGUCUGACAAUAACAUUGGUUCGGUGUAUUCCAACAUCAAUGCCCAUUCAAAUGCACUCUCUCCUCAUCAAAAAGCACUCAAUAUUUGCCAAAAAACUCUUUCUUCAAUUCAUCGUGAUUUGGCUGUUAAUUACAACAACACUGGUUUGGUGUAUGAACAGAUGGGUGAAUAUUCGAAUGCACUUUUAUUUUAUCAAAAAGCACUGGAAAUUAAACAAAAAACUCUUCCUUCAAAUCCUGGUGAUUUGACUGCUUCUUACAAUAACAUUGGAUAG